AUGGUUCUCACGGACUUUUACAAUCACGAUGCCGGGAGCUGGGCUAGCAACGUACAUCUUAUGGGAUCUUUUGACGAUUGGACUAAAGGAGUUGCUGCGACCAAGAAAGGUGGUAGCUUUAUGGCGAGUGUCGACUGCAAACCUGGGACUGAAGUUACUUUCAGAUGGGUCGUUGAUGGCCAGUGGUUGAACUCUAGCAACUACCCAGCUCGUCCGGAUGGCUAUAAUUGGAACAUGUAUAGAACUAUAGAGCCAGAGACUGUGGAUUUACCACCUCUCACUGGUCCAAUCGUUGCUUCUACCCUUUUGGCUUCUUCCAUUGCACCAGCCUCCACAACUUCGGCUACGACAGUUUCAACUACUCCUGUUGGUUCUCCACUAGCCUCCAAAUCUACAACAGCGGCUAGUCAAUCAGAACCCACGGCAUUGCCACCACUCACCGCUCCAAUCGUCGCUUCUACCAACUUGGCUUCUUCCAUUGCACCAGCUGCCAAACCUUUGGCAACCACAGUUUCAACUACCAAGUUUGGUUCUGCUGGUUCGACUGCUGCACCUGCAACAUCUACAGCCACGAAAAGCGAACCAGAAGCCGUUGUAUUGCCACCCCUUACAGCUCCAAUUGUUGCUUCUACCAAUUUGGCUUCUUCCAUUACACCACCUGCCAAAACUAUGGUUACAGCACCUUCAACCGCCUCCGUUGGAUCUGCUGCCUCUACUGCCAAAGUCCCCACCUCAUCCUCGUCAUCCUCAUCGUUGCCUCAUCAUCAAUCUGGUGUUGAAGCGACAUUAGAAAAGGCCAAGGAAGUAGUACACGAGAUUUCUGAUAAGAUCCAUCCAAAGAAAAAGGAAGGUGAUAAGGCUGCCAAGAAGAGCGGAGGUGGAGGACUUUUCAAGAAAAUGUCUACUAUCUUCCACAAGGACAAGAAAACAACAACAGAUGCCAGCACCGAGAAGAAGGCUGUGAAAGGACACGCUCUGGCUCAUUUUGAAGAGACUGGACAUCCUCUUGUAUUUGAUAUUGAACAGAAAAUGUCUUAUUGUUACAAGUGUGACGAGUUUGCUUAUAUUGGAGAUAAAGAGCAAGAAAUUGAUGUCAUACGUCAGAAAUUGACGGGAGAGCCUACUUCUGAUGGUGCAACGCCUGCAGCAGAUGCAGCAUCAUCAUCACAAGGGAAACCAAAAAGUAAAAGGAAACGAGCAACCCAAAAAUAUCAUCACGUCACAGGUCUCUCAAAUCUCGGCAACACAUGUUUCAUGAAUGUAGUCCUACAAUCUCUCUUCCAUACCGUCCUAUUCCGCAGAUACUGUAUAGACGCACCACCAUGGCCACUCUCACCCGAAACUCCGAUAAUAACAACUCAGCCAUUGCCACCAACAUCACACACGUCGCCAUCACCAACACGAACCACACGAUCAUCAGUCGCAUCGAAACGAGAACAAUCCAUCAUGAAUGAAUUCUGUGACUUGAUUCGAGAUAUGUGGGGAACACAAUCUCAUGCAUUGAGUCCAGACGCAUUCUUGAGUGCUAUAUGGAAGAGUGUGCCAAUGUUUAGAGGGUAUCAACAACAGGAUGCACAAGAGUUUAUUCGGUACCUGCUUGAUCGUAUCAAUACGGAUUUGUCGAGGAAGAAUAAGAGGACGAUUAUCAAUCGGGUCUUUCAGGGGACAUUGUUCAAUGAGGUCCGAUGUCUUAAAUGUGGUCAAGUGUCAACGAAAGAAGAUCCAUUCCUGGACUUGUCGUUGCCAAUCCCUGAACGAUUUGUGGAACGGAAGAACAAGGUUGAGCAACGAGCCGAUCCAUGUACACUAGAUGAUUGUCUACGAGCCUUUACGGAUAUCGAAGAGUUGACGGAAUCAGAAAAGUAUAUGUGCCCUCAUUGCAAGACAUUGGAAAGAGCAGAAAAGAAACUUAGUGUGCUUGGAUUGCCACCUGUAUUAUGUCUUCACUUGAAACGGUUCAAAUUCACUCGCCACAUCCGCUGUAAAAUCGAUACAUAUGUACGAUUUCCCAUCACCGACUUCAAUAUCGCACCAUAUACACGAAAUGGAGUAUUGGGUGAUGCUAAGCCAGUAUGGUAUGACUUGUAUGCAGUAAUCGUCCAUCAUGGGUCAUCUGGAUCUGGUCAUUUCCUUGCCUUCACUUGGUCGCCUGAAAAUUCCUCAUGGUUCCAAAUGAACGAUGGAUCAGCAAAGGCAACCUCACCAGAGGAUGUGGCCCAACAACAGGCCUAUAUGCUGUUUUAUAGUCGAAGAAAUCAUCAAGAAGUACUUGAAACUCCAGAAGAGAUCAACCCAACCUCAUCAACAACCACACCUUCACGCAUAAACGGUCGUAUCAAUAGCAGCAGCAGUAGUAGUAGUCCGAAAGCAGGGAGAUACAACGGAAAGGAUGUAAUCGAAAUAGAUAUGGACCCCUCACGACAACCAUCACCAAGCAACGGGAUAUCUGCUAUGGAUGGAGUAUCAACCAUGAAUGGAUCAUCACCAAUCAGCCCAAGUCGAGAACUUCGCAUCCGUACUGGAGUCGCAGCACCAGCUCCUAGUGGAGUCUUGGGUGCGCCUAUUCCAAUAGACUCGGAUGAUGAAGAGCAAUCAACAUCAACUCGUCAAAGACGCAAAGUCAUUCGCCGUGCAUAA